GAGAGAGGUGGACAGGCAGUAGGAGAGAGAGAGAGACAGAGAGAGAGACAUACAGAGCAUCAGUGUUGUUCCUGCUGUGGAUCAGAGAGCAGCAGAGAGACUCAUCACUGAACAACCAGCAGCUUGUUUUCAGGCCCAGCUGCAGCGUCCCUCACCAUGACUAAAGAGGAGAACCUGGAGGUGCAGGAGAAGGAGAGGCACGACCGGGAGGAGCAGGAGGAGGGCCGGGUCCAGAAAGACGAGGAGGCGGCUCUGACCGAGGAGGAGGAAGAGGAAGAAGAGGAGGAGGAAUAUGAGCUAGAAGAGGAAAAGGAGGGCGAGGAGAGGGCGGAGGCGGAGGAUGAAGAGGAGGAGGACGAGCAGGAGGAGGAGAGAGAGGAGCGGGAGGGAGAGGAGGAGGAGGAGCCACUGACCGGCGGCCGGGAGUGUGACGCCGAGCCGGAGCCCGAGCCACUGUCGGUGUCCGAGUACCAGAGUCCGGUUCACGAGCCGCGUCGCCGGGCCAUGGUGCACCCCUCCGCCCAGGCACCGCUGCCCAAAGACUACACCUUCACCUUCUUCGACCCCAACGACCCGGCCUGUCUGGAGAUCCUCAUGGACCCUCGGACCACCAUCCCGGAGCUGUUUGCCAUCGUGCGUCAGUGGGUUCCCCAGGUGCAGCACAAGAUCGACGUCAUCGGCAACGAGAUUCUGAAGCGUGGUUGCCACGUGAACGACCGCGACGGUUUGACGGACAUGACGCUGCUUCACUACAGCUGUAAGGCCGGAGCACAUGGAGUCGGUGACCCGGCGGCGGCGCUGCGUCUCAGCAGCCAGCUGAUUGCUCUGGGCGCCGACGUGAGUCUGAGGAGCCGCUGGACCAACAUGAACGCUCUGCACUACGCCGCCUACUUCGACGUCCCAGAACUGAUCCGAGUCCUGCUCAAAGGCAUUAAACCCAGAGUGUUGAACUCCACCUGCAGUGAUUUCCACUACGGCACGGCGCUCCACAUCGCCGCCUCCAACCUCUGUCUGGGUGCAGUCAAAUGUCUGCUGGAGCACGGGGCCAACCCCAUCGUCCGGAACGAUAAGGGCCAGGUUCCCGGGGAGGUGGUUCCCGACCCGAUGGACAUGAGUCUGGACAAGGCGGAGGCCGCCAUGGUGGCCAAAGAGCUGAAGCAGCUGCUGCUGGACGCCGUCCCUCUGAGCUGCAACCUUCCCAGAGCCACGCUGCCCAACUACGACAACAUCCCUGGAAACCUGAUGCUGACCUCGCUGGGCCUGAAGCUGGGGGAGCGCGUGAUGCUGGAAGACAUGAAGGCCGGCACUCUGAGGUUUUGUGGCACUACAGAGUUCGCCAGCGGCCAGUGGGUCGGCGUGGAGCUCGACGAGCCGGAGGGGAAGAACGACGGCAGCGUGGGCGGCGUCCGCUACUUCAUCUGCCCUCCUAAACUCGGGAUUUUUGCUCCGGUGUCAAAGAUUUCCAAAGCCGUGGAGCAGGCACCUUCAUCCGUCACCUCCACCCCCAGAACCCCCCGCAUGGACCUGGCCUCACGCCUCACUGGGAAGACCAAGAAGGAGAAGAAGGAGAAGGAGAAGGAGAGAGAGAAAGCCCAGAAGAAGAAGUCAUCAGUCGCCAGUCUGGAUCCGGAGGGACUGAACGUGGAAGUCGGAGACCAGGUUCUGGUCGCCGGACAGAAAAACGGCGUCGUCCGCUUCUACGGCAAGACGGACUUCGCUCCAGGUUACUGGUUCGGUAUCGAGUUGGACAAUGCGACGGGGAAACAUGACGGCUCGGUGUUCGGAGUCCGCUACUUCAGCUGCCUGCCCAAAUACGGAGUAUUUGCUCCGCCCUCCCGCGUCCAGAGAAUCGGAGGCCCUAAAGAAGGCUCACAGAAUGACAACUCCAUGGUGAAGAAAGUCCACCAAGUCACCAUGUCGCAGCCGAAGCGUAACUUCAACACGAUGCGUUCUCCUAAAGACCUGACGUCUGAGAGCUCAAUAUCCAGGUUGCUGUUCUGCUGUUGGUUCCCGUGGAUGCUGCGUGCUGAGAUGCAGUCCUAACCUCGCCCUCCCUCCUUCCUCCUCCUCCUCCUCCUUGACUCCUCCACCGGAUCGAUCUCUUCUCUCCAUCUUUUUACUUUUACUGCUUUCCUCUCUCUUUCUCUCUCUCUCUCUCUCUCGUCGUCAGUCACGUAGUGAUAAAACUCCCCCCCGUCCCUUCUUCUUCUCUCUCUUAAUCUCAGCCCAGAAUCCCUCUAAUUUAGCCGUUCUAUAGCAACAUCUAUAGUGCCUUGUAUCUGAUCAAAAUGUCCUGCAUUCCUUUAAUGAAACUGAGCUAAAGCAACCCCCCCCCCCCGAAAAUAUUCUCUCAUCGUUUAGUUUCACCGCAUCAUCACGUCGUCCCGGCUUUGUCCACGUCGUGUCUUCAUCAGGUUGUGCUGCUGCAUGUUUUGUUUUCGCUGCUGCUCGAUUUGGGUCUCAACAGAUGUGGAGGUUGGCACCAGCUAGAGCUUCAAAUUAGGAAAUUAAUGCCGACGUUUUGAGUCGUGGUUUGCAGCUCACAAAUGUAUGCAUACUCGUAAAAUACUUUGCCAAACGGAUGCCACGAUUGUACAUUAUUCUGAGUCCUGAGACUCAUCAAUCUGCAUCUCAAUUGAAGCGUAGAAAAUGCUUUGUUUAUUUGUGGUGAUGGAUCCAGAUCCGGCUGCUGCUUCCUCACCUGAGAACCAAGACCUCAAUCCUCUAGAAACCUUUAUAACUCUAGACCAUGUGUGUGUGUGUGUGUGUGUGUGUGUGUCACCUGCAUGCUUUAAUCUCAGAUGUCAAACUGAAAACAGGGUUAAUUAAAUCAGCUGCUGACUUUAUAGUAUUUCAUCAUCGUGUUACAGUCAGUUUGUUAUCUUACGACUGUGGUUCUUGGUCUCUAUGAAAUGUCUCCUGCUCUGUAGUUAAUGUGGAUGCCAACGUUUUUAUUACAACAAAUCUGAACGAACAGCUGGAUUUAACUUUUUGCUUCAUCACUUUAUUCUGUGUUCAGACCAAGAAAGAAGCAAAUUUUCGCCUGGCUUUACUCGCACGAGUUGGACCGCCAAGAUAAUUUGUCGAGAAGGAACUUUCUUGGGACUUUUUUCUGACUUUUUUUUAGAACAUUUCUUUGGACAUUUUUUCGGACAACUUUUGGACAUUUUUGGGGAUUUUUUUGGACAUUUUUUUCAAACUUUCUUGGGACUUGUUUUGGACAGGAGGAAGAUCUCAACGCUGAGAGGCUUUCACCACACAGCGGCACGCCAAUAUUUCGCUUGAUUUGAAAUAUUUCAACUCCAGCGAAUGAUGCGACCUGAACAUGCGUAAUUCGCGCCGCUCUAGUCGCCUCUUUGCGUUGACUCUGUACGUAAUCACACUGCGUGAAAAGUUUGCUUCGCUCUUGGUGUGAACACAGCGUAAGAAAAAGAAAAAAAUAUUCAGUUUAUUUAGUCGUUAAUAGAUGAAAUACUGUUAGACGCCUUAGAACAACUGUCAUUAUUAAUCAGUGUAUUGCCAUCUAUAGUUAGAGUUAAAUUAUUAUUAUAUUAAAUCUUAUAAAGAGCUGCAAUCAUAAUCUGUCGUUAACCAAAAGUGCUAACAGACCCAAAACGAUGACUUUCUUUGAUGCAACUUAAAAAUCAAAAAAUUGUUUUCUCCCGCCCCGCUAACUGUGAUAUUAAUGUUUUUGUGUUGCUGAUUUUGAAGUUAAUGUGAUCUAUUUAAUCAGUUGGGAGUCAGAUGUACAUCAUCAAAUCUCCUCCAUCAAACAUCCAUCUCCUCCAUCUUGAGCUGUUUAAUUCCCCAACACACAGAUUUAACCCCUAAACUCUCCAGAGAGUCCGUGACACUUGUAAGAGUUUUCCUCUCUGCUUCUCUUCCCUUCUCUUCUCUCAUCCCUCUUUCUCCACUUAAAUAAGACUUUGCUUCCUUUUUGUGAACGUGAGCAUCUGCAAAAAAGACAAAACACAAGUUAAAUCUAAACGUACGUGUUUGCUUGAUGUUAAAAAUCUCUCUCGAAGUAACUGAAAAGAGCAAUAUGUAAACCUAUCUCUCUGUUCCUGUGUUAAUGUCUCUACACUCUGUAAGCACACUGAUAAUACUCAGAGAUGAACACGCUCACGUGAUGCUCCAACAGCCGAGGCCGACGGAGACGAGAUGCUCAGACAACAAAAAGUGUUCAUACAGACGAGGAAAAUAAAUCAAUCUGUGGAGGCAGAUUUACACCUCAGUGGCCGGUUGAGUCAAAACUUCAAUAGCCAGAGAGAGUUUUUGUUGUGAUUUUUCACUUUUUCUUUCAAUGAAGUGAUU